AUCGAUAUAAGCUUCGGCGCUCCUGAGCGCCCAUCUCCCCUUGAUCAUCGCUGCUUGUUUCCGACCUUCAUCUGCUAGUCGCCAGCAUCUCAGGAGCUCCCUCGCCGGUUCCCCUUGAGCGCACACAUCUAUCGUCCCCAUCCGCGCAAACGACGGGACUUUUGAACCAGGUCUCUGUAGGAGGAUCUCUGCAUCGAGGCACAGAGCAGCGGGCCGCUCUACCAUACAGUCACUUGCAUAGCACUUCCCCCCAGUGCUCUACAUAUAGCAGUCUCGAGCUGCUGCAUCGUGCCGCCUGCCUUGUCAUCCCACCCGCCGCCUAACACCCACCGCAAUCUCUACUCCGCCCACCAUGUCUGCACCCUAUGUCUACUCUCCGGAAUAUCCGCCCAAUGCGUACCUCACACCUUACUUCGUGGACCAGGAGUUCUCGCCAUUCGUCCCCGACCCCCACCUCCCGGUAUCGCCGUACAGUAACGCAGCCUCCCUCCCCGGCUCGCCUCGCCUAGGGCCAGUUGCUGGCGCGUCACCGUACCAUACUCCCCAUCACACGCCGUACCACUCGCCAUACCACUCGCCACACCAGUCGCCCUACCAUGCACCAGCGCAGCUGCCAGGCUGGUCGGCAGCGCGGGACGACACUUACACCCGCGAGCGACGCCCAUCAUGGCACAGUCCCGCCGCGGUUCCGCCGCAAUAUCUCGCCACGCCUGCCCUCUCGCACGGCCGGCGCCACUCCUUCUCCAACCCGUCGCCCUACCAAACACCCUACUCGCCCUACACCCCAGACUGGGUCACCCCGCAGGGCCUGCUCUCGCCCUACCCCGUCGGCCCCUCCUUCUCGCCCGCGCUGCAGCUGCACCCGUGGCUGAACGCGGAUAACCCGCCCAAGGACUUCAUCUUCGACCUCUCCCUGCCUGUCUUCUCCCCGCGCCGGCUCCUCCCCGGCGGCCAGACCGUCCCGCCCUCCUCGCAUGACAUGGCGACGCCCGCAACGCACCCGCCCAUCACGCGCCUGCACAUCGUCUGCGACCACUUCCCGCAGUGGCCGAUCGACCUCGAGUACCCCGGGGGCGCGGCGAACGUGCGCGUGCCGCCGAUCCAGCUGGGCGACGUGCUGAUCGCGAUACACACGGCGCUGCACCGGCGGAUCUCGCACAGGGACUGGGAGGCGCUGACGAUGGCGCAGGAGAAGGAGGUGACGCGGGCGUUCUACAAGCGCGUCGGGCUGGGGAAGACCAGGAAUGAGCAGGAGUCGAUCAAGGCGCAGGGCGUGCUGCAUGUAGACUUCUUGCCGGUUGGGAAGACGUGGUUCAGGGGGCUGGUGCGGGCGGGCAAUAGCUGGGAUACGAUGCGGCUGAUAACAGGUUGAGGAACACUGGACUCGCGCAAACUAUGUACUACUAUUAUUUUCUCCUGGGGCGAUUCUUAAGUUAUGAUCAUGAUUGUACACCCUCAUGCAGCACCAUAUAUACGUUGGAUCACUCCCGUU